CAGUCUGUACCGAAGACGACAGCUGAGCCGGCCAGCAUGUUGUGCAACAGUUCUAUUCCUCACCGGAUCAAGCGGAUCCUGCAACAUGCAGUCAAUAUUCGAUGGAAUCACAGCGUGUCCGACGCUGCCCUUCAGGAGAAAUACAUACGUAACAUCGGAAUCCUAGCGCACAUCGAUGGAGGUAAAACAACCACCACCGAGCGGAUGCUGUUCUACUCCGGAAAAACGAACGUCCUGGGUGAAGUUCAUCAUGGUAACACGGUCACGGAUUUUCUGGUCCAGGAACGUGAACGGGGCAUAACAAUUUGCAGUGCAGCGGUGAGUUUCGACUGGCGAGAUCACCGGGUAAACUUGUUGGACACUCCGGGUCACAUUGAUUUUACGAUGGAAGUGGAACAGUCAUUGGCGGCCGUUGACGGGACGGUUGUAAUUCUGGACGGGUCGGCUGGAGUUGAGGCACAAACGGUUACGGUGUGGAACCAGGCAGACAGGCACCAUCUGCCGAGGGUGGUUUUCGUCAACAAGAUGGAUAAGGAGAAUGCGGAUUUUGAAGGCUGCCUGCAAGAUUUAAGGAAGAAGCUGGGCAUUGUUCCGUUGCCCAUACAGCUUCCGCUUAUGGAAAAGGGGAAGCUGGCUGGAAUUAUUGACAUACUGUCCGGAACGCAGGUCGUUUGGGAUAGAAACUCCAGUGGUCGAAUGUACAAAAGUAUUCCCCUGGGAGAAUCAGAGCUGGCCAACGCUCAGGACAAGUUGUACGAAACCAUUGAUUCCCUAUCGGGGAUGGACGAUCAGCUGGCUCAGGCAAUCAUCGAAGCAGAUAGCAUGGAGAAUGUGAAACCGGAAUUGGUGCUCAACGCGAUCCGGUCCUGUACGAUGAAGCAACAGAUUGUGCCAGUUCUUCUGGGGUCUGCCUACAAAAAUAUCGGAGUGCAGUUGUUGAUGGAUGCCGUGUUACGGUAUCUACCGGCACCAAAUGAGCGGAAUCAUAUCUACAAUUGCUUUGGUUCGGAGUUUGUAGGAAAGGUGUCGAAAGUAACCCACGACAAGCAACGUGGGCCGCUUAGUUUGAUACGUGUUUUUCGCGGCACGCUAAAGAAAAGUGCAAAAAUUGUAACCGCCAAAGGUGCUGCCGAAACCAUUCAAAGGAUCUACGCCCCUUGGGCUGAUGAGUAUCGGGAAGUCGCGUCCAUCGGAGCGGGUAACAUUGGUCUCUGUGCGGGACCAAAAUCGACGGUGACAGGGGAUCUUGUAGUAUCGAAUACAACCUCAUUGCGAACUGCUUUCAAAAAGCUCAAUGUGUCUGAAGGCGUUGAAGAGGAUAGUGAUUUGGACGAGGUUCUCGCUAACAAACUAUCGCUCCAGACAUUGGUGCCGGAUGCGGUUUAUUUCUGCUCCAUAGAACCACCAUCUUCGGCUUAUCAAGCUGCUUUGGACAGUGCCCUAAAAGAAAUUCAGCGAGAAGAUCCCAGUUUGAGGGUGACAUAUGACGAAACAACGAUGCAAACGGUUCUCGGUGGCAUGGGUAAGCUCCACCUAGAGAUAAUCAAAUCGAGGAUUAUGUCGGAAUACAAAAUCGAUGUAGACUUGGGUGCGCUUCAAAUCGCUUACAAAGAAACUCUUGAAAAGCCAUGUCGAGGUAGCUGGACGGCUGAGAAGGAAAUUGCUGGACACAAACAAUUUGUUCAAAUGGAACUGACCGUUCAUGCCAAAAAGAGCGAUGUAAAGUUUCGUCUGGACAACUCUCCGGAAGCUCAAGAGAAUCUUAAGUUGAUUCGACCACGUCCGUUGUCUUAUGUCAAGAAGGGCUCUAUCGCUGCACUGGAACGAGGUCCAAAAUUGGGCGGUCAGCUAAUGAAUGUUGCGAUCACUCUACACCACUUGACCAUAGGCAAGGGAACCGCAGAUACCUUCAUAAUGGCAGCAACGGCGCAGUGUGUACGACAUGUACUUUCUUCGGCAAAUGUCCGCUUGAUGGAACCGAUUAUGCUGCUGGAAAUAGCCAUGCCAUCCGAGUACCUGAACUCUAUCAUAGCGGAUCUGGGACGGAGGCGGUGCACGGUGCUGGAUGUGACCUCCAGGGGACAGCAGCAAAAGGUUCUCCGUGCGAAUGCCCCUCUUGCUGAGUUGGAUGACUAUUCGAGCGAGGUGAGAUGUAUUAGUUCGGGAACGGCUAGCGUUUCGAUGGAACCAAAUGGCUAUGUGAUGCUGAACGAGAUGGACGAAGUGACUGCCAUCCGGAGGGCGCACGGAUUAGAGUAGUGUUUCGGUAAGUGGAUGCGCAAUAAUAGUUAUUCUUGAUUGUUGAAA